ACGCCUUUUUCACAUCUAAUCCCUUGGAAAAAUUCUUCUAAGUCAGGCUUACUUAUUUUAUUACUAUUACCUAUUACCUACCUAUUACCUAUUAUCUUGGCGAAUGAGAUAAAUAACUCUACACACCUGCGCUUAUUAUAUACAUACAUGUAAUCGUGGAGCAAAACGUCCAUCAUGUACAACCAAGCCAAGGUUGGCAUAUUUUCGCAGACAUCAAUAUGAACAAACCUAAGAUCCUCUUCAUUGAUGCUUAUGAUUCUUUUAGUAACAAUAUCGUUUCUCUUCUGACAACGACGUUACAAGCUCAUGUUGACAUCUUACCCAUUGAUCCACCUGAGCUUCGCCCGCAAGCACCAAAUUUUACUCACGAGUUGACUAAUCUGCUGCGUCGCUAUGAUGCUGUCGUCUGUGGCCCGGGUCCCGGAUCGCCCAAUUUGCCUCAAGAUGUGGGGCUUAUGAGAUACAUAUGGGACCUCGAACCGGCGCAUCUGGUCCCGGUUCUCGGAAUAUGCUUGGGUUUUCAAAGCCUAGUUGUCAGCUGUGGUGGCAUUGUGAAGAAACUUAAGACCGGCCUUCACGGCAUGAUUCGGGAAAUCGAUCAUGAUGCUGAACGACCUAGCUUAAAUGAAGGAAACAUCUUCUAUGGUGUUCCACCUUUUAAAGCUACGCUAUACCACAGUCUAUACGCGGAUAUUGGACAAGAUGCCAUAUCUACAGAUAAUUGGACGGCGUCUAAAUGGACAUCCCCUACGCAUUUGCCAGACGUUGUUCCCCUGGCCUGGGUGUAUGAAAACAGAGGUGACUAUAUAGAGCGAAUCCUCAUGAGUAUGAAGCACAGAACGAGACCGUUCUGGGCUUUGCAAUAUCACCCCGAGUCAAUAUGUACGGAACCAACAGGUCAUCAAGUUAUUAAGAACUGGUUCAGUGAGGCCAUACGGUGGAAUUACACGAAUGGCCGCAUCACAGAUUCCACCGCUGUUUCACUCGGUUCUAUUACUAGACUACCGAAAUCUAGCGCACGUAGCGCUAAGGACAGCCUAGGUUUUAAGGUACAUGAUUUGAAUAGUCACUCUUCGUGGGUAAAUGGCGAUAGCGAGCUAGCAUCCUUUGAGAUAAACCACCACUAUGGAUCGAGAAGUAUAAAACUCCCAAUUCAUAUCGAGGCUCCUGACAUUGUCGAGAUACUACAAGGCGAUAGGAGGGAUUUCAUCAUUCUGGACUCUGCAAGCGCCAAGGCAAAUAGAAUCGGAGCUGAUGUGCGAGGGCGUUAUAGCAUCAUCGCCUUAGACGUUGAUGAGGCAUUGAAAUUGGAAUACAGAACGGGAGAUAGCUAUGUUACUGCCCGAUGCUCAUGUUCUCGACAACCUUUCUCGUCCGGAAAGCUUCAUCUUAGCUCUGGGCAAACCAUAUGGGAGCUAUUAGCUGAAUUCUGGACUAAGCGAAGAGUGGCACCCGAUGAUCGUUCUGCACCUUUCCUUGGCGGUUUCAUGGGCUAUACUACUUACGAACUUGGAUUGGAAGGUAUUGAUGUCAAAUCUCACGAAGAGAGGCGUCACACCAGACCGGAUCUCUGCUUCGCCUGGGUUACCAAAAGUAUCGUGAUAGAUCAUACGGAUGGGACUUUACGCAUUCAACACUUAUCGCCAAUAGAGUCUGAAGGAAACGACUGGGCGGACUCUAUCAUCGACAGGCUUUCAGCUUCACCAGUUUGGUCAGAUGGGCUUCGCGCGGAUUUCAACAAGCGUACACAACUAAACCAGCUUACACCACCGUCAACGCCGGAUUCCAUAUUCGCAAAAGCACAAAUACAAGUGCCGGACGCCGACGAAUAUGAGGCAAAAGUCCGACAGUGUCAAGAUUUCAUUGCCUCGGGUGAUUCGUAUGAGUUAUGCUUAACAGAUCAGACGCAUAUCACACGACCUAAAAUUCUUCCCGCGAUGGAAUCUUGUCCAUUAAUGCCUCUUGAACCUGGGAAGCCACCCCAGACUUCAUGGCAGCUAUACCGUUCUCUGCGUUCUCGUCAGCCUGCCCCCUUUGGUUCGUAUAUUCGGCUUGGCGGUGCGACGCUGAUCAGCAGCUCACCAGAACGGUUCCUCGAGUUCAGCGCUGAUGGUCUAUGCUCAAUGCGUCCGAUGAAAGGCACAGUGCGCAAAUCGAGCGCCGUCUCGACCCUCACACAGGCCGAAGCCAUCCUGCACGUACCUAAAGAAGAAGCUGAAAAUCUGAUGAUCGUCGACCUCGUACGGCACGACCUGCACGGCGUAUGUGGACCCGACCGCGUAGCCGUCCCUAAGCUUAACAUCGUCGAGGAAUACGCCAGCGUGUUCCAGAUGAUCAGCGUCGUUGAGGGCCAGCUACCGGGUAACAAUGACGACGGAACGCCAAAGAAAACCGGUCUAGAUGUCCUAGCCGCAAGCCUGCCCCCUGGAAGUAUGACCGGCGCCCCAAAGAAGCGCAGCUGCGAGAUCCUACACGAGAUCGAGGGUCACCAUGAGCGGAGCUUAUACUCCGGCGUUGUAGGCUACAUGGACGCCGCGGGUCGUGGUGACUGGAGCGUUACGAUCCGGAGCCUGUUCCGCUGGGACGACGAGACGGUCGAGGGACAAAACCAGCAGGAGCACGAGGUCUGGCAUAUUGGUGCCGGUGGCGCGGUUACCGCUCUGAGUACGGCCGAGGGCGAGCGCGACGAGAUGUUUACGAAGCUUAAGGGCCCAUUGGGCGUGUUCGAUGACGAGGCGUGAUAUACGACCUACGAAUCUACGGGUGAAUACAUGUGUGUUUUAUUAUAUAACUAUCUAUCAAUCUAUCAAUCAUAUUAGGCGUAUACAGGUGGGUGCGGGUAAGGUAUUAUAACUGAGAGAGCUCGUCUGCGGGCUAGAUGACUCAACGAUGCAUUAUAGGGACGAGGAAAAUAAUUCGGGACGGGGAAUAUCGCGGCUCAUUCAUCAUAGAGCUCGCC